AUGGCGCCAGAUCGAACCUUGCCCGACAUCCUCAUGCCGGGGAAUGGCGGUUCUGGAAGUCCCCGCCCCUGGGGGAGUGGUGCUGGAACGAAUUCCCAGAACCCAUCCCCUAUAUCUCCGAUCGAUGGACAUCUUCCAUUUGAAAGAGCUCCUCCAGGCAGCACUCCAUUAGCCGUCGCGGCUCCAGCUCCCGUGUAUCAGCCGGACAACCGUGUUGGAAGACGUCAGGAUGUCAACCCCGCCGAACCUCUUGACCAGGAAACAAUUGAUAAACGCGACAUUCCGGCUCCGCGAGAACGGUCUCGUACAAAGAAUAGAACUACACACACUUGCAACAAGUGUGGCGAUCCUUUAACGGGACAAUUUGUGCGCGCUCUUGGUGGAACCUUCCAUUUGGAAUGCUUCAAGUGCAAUGAUUGCGGGGAGAUUGUCGCUUCUAAAUUUUUCCCAGUUGAUGCGGAGGACGGCAACGGACAAUACCCAUUAUGCGAGACAGAUUAUUUUCGGAGAUUGAACCUCCUUUGCCAUGAUUGCGGUGGUGCUCUACGGGGCUCAUACAUUACUGCUCUCGAUCGUAAAUACCACAUCGAACAUUUUACUUGCUCCGUCUGUCCGACCGUGUUCGGGGCCCAAGACUCUUAUUAUGAGCACGAGGGCAAUGUGUAUUGCCACUACCAUUAUUCCACACAGUUUGCUCAAAGGUGUAAUGGUUGCCAUACUGCCAUUCUCAAGCAGUUUGUUGAAAUCUUCCGCAAUGGUCAGAACCAGCAUUGGCACCCGGAGUGCUACAUGAUCCAUAAAUUCUGGAAUGUCCGACUUGCCCCGGCUGGCCAACUGCUCGAUAGGCCCGAACUGGACGGCGAAGCAACAGAUUCAGAUCGUGAAAAGGUGCGGCAAGAAGAAGAUCUUAUGGAGGAGAAAGUCUACAAGAUUUGGAGUAUUCUGUCGACCUUCGAAGAGUCUUCAGCUGCUUGCAUAUCCGAAAUGCUUUUGCAUGUCAGCAAUGGUGCCUAUGUGGACGGCGUUUUAGUCGCAAAGAGUUUCAUCUCUCACGUGGAGAUUCUUUUCGCGGCCAUUGAUAUGCUGGCUUUGAAGUUGAAAGAACAGGAAAUGAAAGAUCUAUCCUACGCGCGUGAAGCAAAACUCUUAUGUAAAAAAAUUGUAGCCUUCUUUUCGCUUCUGUCUAAGACACAAGAGACUGGGGUGAGGAAGCUUGGCGUCACACAGGAGCUCUUAUCGCUAGUUACGGGCCUUGCACAUUACCUCAAACUUCUAAUUCGGAUCGGUCUACAGGGGGCUCUGAAGCUUGAGCGCGAAAGAAAUACAUCCGAAGCUCUCUUCAAAUUCUUAGACCAUCUUGAGAAUAGACUUCAGGAUCUCAAAGCAUCCGAAGAAGGACCGCCGGAUCUCAUGGCUGGAGUUGCUGCUUUGGCGGACCAGUUCUCCGAUUGCUGCGCAGCAUGCAAAGAUCCGAUUGAUGAUGCAUGUAUCAUACUGAACGACAAAAGAUGGCAUAUCAAGCCCCCUCACCUUGUUUGCAGUUCUUGCCAGAAGGAUCUCACCGUGGACCUUCCAGAUGGCGUCUGGAGUGAGAAAGAACAGCGACCGUUUUGCCGUAAUUGUGCUUUGCACAAAGGCCGAGUACCUGAUGCACAAGAUGGCUUUGAACAUGUCACUAAAUUAGUCCAGUAUGUGUUUUUGUUGCAAGUGGCCCUUGCAAGGCUGCUCUCAGUAUUACGAUCAAGCGGCACGAUUCCACAUAGCACAGACGACCCUAACCUGAACGAUUACGAUGCAAAUGAAGGCCAUCGCGUGGAAACUGCCGGGGGGGGGUUGACAGCGGGAGCUGGUCCCCGGGCAACAAAUACUCGCUCCCAAUCUUUUACCGGGUCGUCCAAGAAUGAAGAAUCAUCACUUGAACAGACUGUCGGGGAAAUGCGAAGACUCCGGUCUAUUCGCAACGAAAGGACUUUGUCUACAACUUAUAAAAAGGCUCGAGCGUCGAGAAUCAUUGACGGCCCUGAAGGAAGGAGUGUACGCCCGGGUUCAUCCGGAGGCGAAGGAAUCGACCCCAGGAAUCCGGGCUUUCAGAUUAUUGAGGAGAAAGACGUCAAUGGCGAACCGGUAAAUGAGUUACAUUUUGGCCACCAGGAUGCUCUCACUUUGGAUGAUAUACCUCGAAUUGUCGCCGCUGAACAAGCGAAGGAGCAACGACCAAACGCAUCCAAGUACGCUGGAACUAAUCUCAUCAACUCCGAUGACUAUCAAACCAAGUAUAGCCCAGGUCAUCGACGCGAAGUGUCUGGUGGGCCGGACCAACUCCAAGUCGAUGUCACCGGAUUGAAGGCGAAGAAGUAUUUCUCAGAGUUGUCAGCUCUCGAGUACUUCAUUGUUAGACAUGUUGCUGUGCUUUCCAUGGAGCCACUCCUGGAAGGACACUUCAAUCUGGAAGAGUUGCUUUCUUUGAUUGAGUCACGCAAACCUACAAUCUGGAACAUCUUUGGACGCGCAUUCAACAAGGAAGGAAAGAAAGUCGGAAAGAAGAAGGGCGUAUUUGGUGUUAGCCUUGAUUACCUUGUUGAAAAAGAGGGUGCCGAGUCUACUCAUGGAGUUGGACCUGGUGCUUUACGUAUCCCCGCCCUUAUUGAUGAUGCGGUAUCCGCAAUGCGUCAGAUGGACAUGUCUGUUGAGGGAGUAUUCCGGAAAAACGGCAACAUUCGUCGAUUGAAAGAACUUGCAGACUUGAUUGAUAACAAGUACGAACAAGUUGAUUUGAAUAGAGAAAGCCCUGUUCAGGUUGCCGCACUAGUGAAGAAAUUCCUGCGAGAGAUGCCAGAUCCUCUCUUGACUUUCAAACUUCAGCGUCUCUUUAUCAUUUCACAGAAUAUUCUUAACUCACACACGGCGACAGAAAUCUCGGACCCCGAAAAGCAGAAACGUGUCUUGCAUCUAACCUGCUGUUUGUUACCAAAGGCUCAUCGGGAUACUAUGGAAGUCCUAUUUGCUUUCCUCAGUUGGGCAGCUUCAUUUUCACACGUGGAUGAGGAGUCUGGCAGCAAGAUGGACAUUCAUAAUCUCGCCACUGUGAUGACCCCAAAUAUACUUUAUUCUAAUACUAAGACGGCUAGCAUGGAUGAGAGCUUCUUGGCUAUUGAAGCCGUGACCUCUCUAAUUGCCUACAACGAUGUUAUGUGCGAGGUUCCCGAUGAUCUUCAAUCCAUUCUAAAUGAUACAAGCUUUUUCAAGGAUAGCGCCGAUAUUACCACCAAAGAGAUUCUUAAGAGAUACGGAGACUUUGGCAAGGGUGUCGUUGCUCAGCGAGUGACGCCGAAUAUAGAGCAAGGUGGCUCGGGAUCUACUCGUGGCAGCAACACGCCUAUCUCUGCUCGAAUUGAAAAUGAUCCUUCACAGGCGGCAGCAUGGCAGAUGCAGAGUUCAGUCCGACAUGUUCAGGCACCAGGAGGACCGGCCUAUGCAGCAAUGCCCACCAACUACCAAGGAGGGAACGAUUUCGGGCCACCACCAGAACAAUACCGCGCCCGCAGUGCCAGCGCAGGCAGUCAGAGGCCUACUCCGUCCGAUUCAGAACAGCUUCCAUAUCGUCCUAGUCCUGGUACAGGGCCCAUGGGAGUGGCUGGCUGA